CUCUCUUCCCUCGCUCCAUGUCUCCUGAUUCCUCCUCCUCGAUUAUUUUCUUUUCUUUGCCUCUUCCACGUGCCUCUCUCGCUCUCUCGCUCUCUCUUUCCCACUGUUUUCCGGCCGGCCAGCGAAGGGAAGAUUGUGGUUCUGUCUUUGGCUAUUGGUUUGGCUGAGCAAGAUGACUUUGCCAAUAUCCCUGAUCCAAUCACCUCCAUGCAGGAAGCACCACCAGCCAAUCAGGAAGCACUUCCUCCUCCACCUGACAAGAGGGGCGUGGGCAACAAGCCAUGCAACAGUCCCAAGGGCCAUCGUCCCGAUGGACACUCCUCAGUCACCGAUCUGGCCAACUCACUCACCGGAGACAUGGUCAUGCUGUCCCCGGGAUCAGAGGAUGACGAUGGUGAAGGUGCUGUCAGUGAGAAGCUGGGACGGAUCCAGUUCUCUGUUGGUUACAGCUUCCAGGACUCCACUCUGACCGUCAAGAUCCUCAAGGGCCAGGAGCUACCGGCCAAGGACUUCUCUGGGACCUCUGACCCCUUCGUCAAGCUCUACCUGCUGCCGGACAAGAAGCACAAGCUGGAGACCAAGAUCAAGAGGAAGAACCUCAACCCUCACUGGAACGAGACCUUCCUGUUCGAAGGUUUCCCAUACGAGAAAGUGAGGGAGAGGACUCUGUACCUGCAGGUGUUGGACUUUGACCGGUUCAGUCGUAACGACCCCAUCGGAGAGGUUUCCAUCCCUCUCAACAAGCUCAGUGACCUGGGACACAUGCAGACCUUCUGGAAGGAACUCAAGCCAUGCAUGGAUGGAGCUGGGAGGCGAGGGGACCUGCUGGUGUCUCUGUGCUAUAACCCAACAGCCAACACCAUCACUGUGAACAUCAUCAAAGCACGCAAUCUCAAAGCCAUGGACAUAGGAGGAACAUCUGACCCCUAUGUGAAGCUGUGGCUGAUGCACAAGGACAAGCGCAUUGAGAAGAAGAAGACUGUGACCAUAAAGCGCUGUCUCAACCCCGUCUUCAAUGAGUCUUUCCCCUUUGAGGUUCCGGCCCACGUCCUCCGGGAGACCACCAUCAUCAUCACCGUAAUGGACAAGGACCGGCUCAGUCGCAACGAUGUCAUCGGCAAGAUCUACCUAUCAUGGAAGAGUGGUCCAGCGGAAGUGAAACACUGGAAGGACAUGAUGGGCCGGCCGCGUACUAAUGUGGCCCAAUGGCACGCUCUCAAGGCCUGAUCGUCCCACAGACUCUCUUCCAUGGCCCCAUACCCUCCCCCUCCCUCCAACGUCCAAUCCCCAUCCUUAUGCACAAGACUGACUAGCUGCCAGGCUGCAAAAUACGGUGACUCUCCCCCUUGCUGGACCCCUUGUCGUCUGUGUGCUGUGUUGUACCUCCAAAAAACAUAGAGUGAGAAAAAAACUAACUGAACUUUGAGCUGAACUACGGAACACUUGUUCCUGUCAGAACGAGAAACAGCCCUGACAACGAUUUGAGCUGAACUACGGAACGGGAAACAGCCCUGGCAACGAUUUGAGCUGAACUACGGAACGGGAAACAGCCCUGGCAACGAUUUGAGCUGAACUACGGAACGGCAAACAGCCCUGGCAACGAUUUGAGCUGAACUACGGAACGGCAAACAGCCCUGGCAACGAUUUGAGCUGAACUACGGAACGGGAAACUGCCCUGACAACGAUUUGAGCUGAACUACGGAACGGGAAACAGCCCUGGCAACGAUUGGAGAAAGAAGAAAGAGGAUGAUGAAACAACAACACGAAAAGAAAAUACAACAAAAAAUGAUGUCAUUUUUCUUAAAAAUCCAACAAGUGAAGAAUACAAUUCAAAAUGUUAUUUCAAUGUAAAGAUGAUGUGGUAUAUAGAAGAAACAUAAAAACUGUUCGAUUGA